GGGUUAGGAAGUUAGAGACUGUAGACAUUGGUCAAAAAUGCCUACAAGAAUGCAUCCUGCUGUUGUCUUUUUUUCCAAACAAUACGUCACGCCACACCCGGAAUGUCAUCGGCGGUUCUCUUCGGUGUAAUAGGAGAAUUACGUAAAUGUGCCACGAGGGUCAAGCGGUUCGAUUGAGUGUCCCAAAUCUCGCCGACAUCGGUGACACACGCCCUUCUUCUUCUUCCACCCGCCCCCUCCACUUUCCCUUUCUUUCCUCCCCUUUCUCUUCUCUACAUCUCACUUUUCUACUGAGUGUUCAACUCAAGCAUCAAAACCUGUGAGUCAGUGGGAACAUCACCCUCUGAGUGUAUCACCACGCCUGAAGGUUCUGACACUCCUACUCACUCUCUCACCAGGCCCAACAUAUUCGCGUCCAUCGCAAGAGCAGCUGCUAGAUCCAAAAUGGUUCCUUCUCACUUCACUUUGAGCAACGGAAAGAAGAUCCCUUCCAUCGGUCUCGGAACCUGGCAAUCCAAGCCCGGUGAGGUCAAGGCCGCCGUCGAGGCUGCCCUCAAGAGCGGAUACCGACACAUCGACUGUGCCUGGGGAUACGGAAACGAGAAUGAGGUCGGUGAGGGUAUCAAGGCCUCUGGUGUCCCCCGAGAGGAGAUCUGGAUCACUUCCAAGCUCUUUGAAUACCACCACGAGCCCAAGUACGUCGAGAUGGCCUUGAAGGACACCCUCAAGAAGCUCGGAGUCGACUACCUCGACUUGUAUCUCAUGCACUGGAACAUCUGCUUUCAGGUCGACGCUCCUGAGGGCGAGCUUCCCUUGAAGGAACACCUCGUCAAGAACGACGAGGGAACCGUCAAGCUCAACGUUCCACUCAGUGACGAUGUUACCCCCACUUGGCAAGCUCUCGAGGCCUGUGUCGAGAAAGGUCUCACCAAAGCCAUUGGUGUUUCCAACUUGAACAUCAACCGAACCAAGCAGGUCCUCAAGAUCGCCAAGAUCAAGCCCGUUGCCAACCAAGUCGAACUUUCCAUCCAAUGCCCUCAACCCGAGCUCGUCUCUUGGCUCCAGAAGAACGACAUCCUUCCCUGCGCCUACUCGCCUUUGGGAGGAACCGAUGGACAAAAGCUUCGGGAGAACGAGACCGUUGUCAAGAUUGCCGAGAAGCACAACGUCCAAGGUGCCACUGUCCUCAUUUCUUGGUUGCUCAAGCGAGGAAUCUGUGUCUUGCCCAAGUCUGUUACUCCUUCCCGAAUUGAGAGCAACUUGAAGACCGUCGAUCUCUCCGAAGAGGACUUCCAGGCCAUCGAGAAGCUCGCCGAAUCCCACCCUCCUAACCGAGUCUGUGACCAAUCCACCUUGUACGACCCCCACUACGACAUCUACCAGGAGAAGUCAGAGGAGUUCUCUGACAAGAAAAUGUGGGCCCAGGAGCAAUAAGCUGCGGAGCGUCCUAAGAGUCUCCGAGACGGAGGAAAAUGUUACAGGCGUGUAGAUGGAGUGCGUUAAAAGAAACCGGGAGACCAUUCUUUUGCGUAUGCAUAUUCUGGUACUUUUG